AUGACCGGCUGGCUAGAUGAGAGGAAACCAGUGGAUGUGGUUUACCUUGUCUUCAGAAAGGCCUUCAACAUUGUCUACCAAAACAUCCUCACAGGCAAACUCAGGAAGUGUAUGAUAGAUGAGUGGACACUGUUUGCCAACGUGUCUGGCUCUCUGGAUGACCAUGGAAGUUGUCAGUGCUCUGUGUACUUGCCAGAUACCACCUUUCCAGUGCAGAAGGUCGAAGUACUCGAAAAGAUAGCUGCAACACUUUCACAGAAAUUUGAGCAGGAACUUUCUCAAGUGAGGGAGUACACAAAAGUGAUUGAAAUAUAUCAACAGAAAAUUGUUAAUCUAACCAUCAGAGUGGAAUAUAUGGAGAAGAGCAGCAUAUCUUACACAGAGCUGGACUUCCAGUUACUGAAAGUGGAAAUCAUUAACCUGGAGAGACUGGUCACUCAGCUGAAAUCCAGUGUUGUUGGAAGCAACGUUAUUGUUGAACAAAUAUAUCUGGAGAUCACAAAUCUGACUAUCCUGGUGAAUGAACUGGAAUCAUUGGACAAAAACAAUAUCCUUGCAAUUCGACGAAAAACUACAGUAGCUCCUUAUAUCCCUCCAGGUAGCUGCAUUCACCGUGGACCAACGAAUGUUAGCCAGCCCUAUGUUGUAAAGCUGAACUGGAGAGGAUUUUCCUACAAAUAUGGUUCCUGGGGUAGAGAUUACUCUCCUUCUAAUCUGGAGGAAGAAGUCUACUGGGUUGCACCAUUGAAUACAGAUGGGAGAUACUUGGAAUAUUAUAGAAUUUAUUAUUCCUUUGAUAAUUUGUUGCUGUUUACACCAACAUACGAACGUAGAAUAACAUAUGGGGAAGGCAGUGGUGCUGCUCUUUAUGAUAAUUUUUUGUACUAUCAUGCUUAUAAUACAAGAAAUAUGGUGAAGCACAAUAUAAAAACAAACUCUGUGGUUUUGACUAAGACACUUCCAGAUGCUGUUAUUGGUAACCGCUUCUCCUAUGCAGGUGUAUCAUGGCAAGACAUAGACUUUGCCGUCGAUGAAGGCGGGUUAUGGGUAGUGUAUUCAACACAAAAUAGCAUGGGUAACAUCGUGAUUAGCAAACUCAAUGAGACCACACUUGAUGUGCUAAAUACUUGGCAGACAAGACAGUACAAGCCAUCUGUUUCCAAUGCUUUCAUGAUAUGUGGUGUUCUGUAUGCCACAAGGACACUGAGUACUAGGAAAGAGGAAAUCUUCUACAUGUAUGACACAAGUACUGGUCGCGAAGGUACUAUUAGUAUUAUUAUGGAUAAAAAAUUAGAUACAAUCCAGAGUAUAAAUUAUAACCCCAUAGAUCAAAGACUUUAUGUUUACAAUGAUGGUUAUCUUCUCAGGUAUGAUAUAACCUUUCAAUCUUAGUAUCUCAGUGAUAUAACCACAUGGUGAAACUGUGCAGCAGCCAAAA